AUUUAAUUUUUGUACCUACUAAACUUGAUUUUGUUAUUAGCCACUGCAUCAUAUAAUUAAUAUCUGAUGAGAGUUGAGACUUGGUUAUUUUUUAUAGGAAAAGGUUUUAAUUUUAUCAAAUUUUGGUGGUUGGCAAGCAAUUGCCAUGGUUUGAGAUGUGUUUGAAAAAUAUUGAGAAUGAAAAAAGUUAUCCAGUGAGUGUCAUGAAAAGUUUAAAUCUUCUUUGAAAGAAGACUUGAAAUUCUAAAGUUAGUAAGCCUUUCAUCAAGAAAAGGAUCAUUUGGAGCUUUUCAUGAAGAGGAUGAAGAAGAUGAUAAGUCUUGGAUUGUCCUUUUUGCUUGUUCUGGCUCAAAUUAUGUUAAUUUCAGCAGCUACAAAUGCUCAAGAAGCUGCUGCUGUCUAUGGCCUUGGAGAUCAAUGGAGUAACACACCUUCCAAUUGGAACAGUGGUGAUCCUUGCGAUGAUAAUUGGGUUGGAAUCCACUGUGACAACAAUUCGCAUGUUACCUCCAUAACAUUAUCGAGCUUGGGACUAGAAGGAACACUUACCGGAGAUAUUCAAUCUUUGACUGAGUUAGGAACCUUGGAUCUUUCUUACAAUAAAGGUUUAACCGGACAAAUUCCGGCAUUCAUUGGGAGUUUGAGCAAGCUUGAGAACUUGAUUCUGGUUGGAUGCAGUUUUUCCGGUGAAAUACCGGCAGAAAUAGGCUCGCUAAAGCAGCUGAUCUUCUUAUCACUGAAUUCUAACAAAUUCAGUGGUAGAAUACCUUCAACCAUCGGUAAUCUGGCAAAACUUUAUUGGCUUGAUUUGGCGGAUAAUUUGCUUACCGACGAAAUCCCUGUGUCGGAUGGCAAAAAUCCAGGACUCGACAUGUUAAUUGAUACAAAGCACUUCCACUUAGGCAUGAAUCAACUCUCCGGUGCUAUUCCAGAGCAACUUUUCAGCUCAAACAUGAAAUUGAUCCAUUUGCUGUUGGACAAUAAUAAUCUUACAGGGGAAAUCCCUUCUACUCUAGGACUAGUGCAAAGUCUGGAGGUUCUCCGCCUAGACCGAAAUCACCUCUCCGGAUCUGUUCCUUCCAACAUCAACAACCUCACCAAAGUCGCUGAAAUGCAUUUAUCUAACAACGACUUGACCGGUCCUUUGCCAAACCUAACAGGAAUGAUUUCUCUCACUUAUUUGGAUAUGAGCAACAAUACCUUUGAUGAAUCAGCUACUCCGGCAUGGUUCUCAACCUUACCAUCAUUGACAACAUUAGUGCUCGAGUAUUUGAGAGUAAGUGGUGAAAUUCCGAUGGCCUUAUUUAGCUCCUCACCGCUGCAAACGGUGAGGCUGAGGAACAACAAAUUCAAUGGUACUCUAAAUAUCGGCACUGCAUUCAGCAGCCAACUUGAACUCGUUGAUGUGCAAUACAACAAUAUUGAGCUAUACACAGAAGGAGGGGGAUACAAUAACCAAUUAAUAUUAGUAGGCAAUCCAUAUUGCGAGCAUGAAGCAAGUAGUCCACAUUGUCUAGAAUCACAGCAACCCAUAACUCCAUAUUCUACAGAACCGCAAGAUAAUUGCGUGCCAGUUUCUUGUCCUACAGAUCAGAGUAUGAGUCCUCACUGCAUUUGCGCAUAUCCUUACUCCGGGACUUUUUCCUUAAGAGCUCCAUCUUUCUCAUAUCUUGGGAAUUCGACAUACUUUACGAGAUUAGAAAACGACAUCAUGAAUUCAUUCAGGAAGCAUCAGCUUCCAGUCGACUCAGUUUCGCUCAAUAACAUAAAUACCGAUGUAGACGAGUACUUGAGCAUGCACUUGCAAGUGUUUCCAUCAGGAAAGUUGAGGUUUGAGCAGUCAGAUAUUUCUAACAUUGGCUUCAUUCUCAGCAAUCAAACUUUCAAGACAAGCAAGGACUUCGGACCUUACUUUUUUAUUGGAGCUCCAUACACUGCUUUCCUUGAAACUUCAACUGGAGGAAAAUCAAGCAAUAGCAAGACAGUGAUUAUUGGAGUAGUUGCUGGUGCAGUUGUGCUCGCAUUGAUAUUGAUCAUUUUGUUGGUUUUUCUUGUUCGGCACAAGAAAAAGACCAAAAAUGCAGUAGAAAAAAGCCAACCUUUCGAAUCUUGGGUGGUGACAAAAAGAAGUGGAGAUGCACCUCAGUUAAAAGGAGCCAGAAGUUUUACGUACGAGGAAAUAAGGAAAUGCACCAACAAUUUUGCAGAAUCAAAUGAAAUCGGAACUGGAGGUUAUGGGAAGGUUUAUAAAGGAACUCUUGCAAAUGGGCAAUUGGUUGCAAUCAAAAGAGCUCAGCAAGGGUCUAUGCAAGGUGGUCUUGAGUUCAAAACUGAGAUUGAGAUGCUAAGCAGGGUACACCAUAAGAAUCUUGUCAGUCUCAUUGGUUUUUGCUUUGAUAAAGGCGAACAAAUGCUUAUCUAUGAGUAUAUUACAAAUGGAAGCCUGAAAGAAAGUCUAACAGGAAAAUCUGGAGUUCAGUUAGACUGGAAAAGGAGACUCCGAGUUGCUCUUGGUGCCGCGAAAGGUCUUGCUUAUCUGCAUGAUCUUGCGGAUCCUCCUAUAAUUCAUCGAGAUAUCAAAUCGAGCAACAUACUUCUUGACAAUCAUUUGAAUGCCAAAGUUUCUGAUUUCGGCUUGUCGAAGCCAAUGACAGAUACCGACAAGGGUCAUGUUACGACACAGGUUAAAGGGACAAUGGGGUACCUUGAUCCUGAGUAUUAUAUGAGUCAGCAAUUGACAGAGAAGAGCGAUGUUUAUAGCUUCGGUGUGCUAUUGUUAGAGCUUUUAACUGCAAGAAAACCGAUAGAACUGGGAAGAUAUGUAGUGAGAGAGGUGAGAGUUAUGAUGGAUAAGGGUAAGGACUUGUAUGGCCUUGAUCAACUUCUUGACCCAAUUUUGAUAAGCUCUUCACUUGGAGGCUUUUGUGAAUUCAUUGACUUGGCCUUGAGUUGUGUUGAAGAAGAAGGAAUCAAUCGGCCGAAAAUGAGCCAAGUAGUGACAGAACUUGAGAAAAUCAUGGUCUUGGCUGGUAUGAACCCAAUUAUAGAAGCUGGGUCGACAUCAUCGAGCUAUGAGGCUACAACGAGUAAGAGUGGUGGUUCUUACCACCCUUACGGCAAUGAGGCUUUUGACUAUAGCGGUGGCGCUCCUUCAGCGAAAGUAGAAGCCAAGUAAAAACAUAUAUAUUCGAGUGUUUGCUAUUCAAUGCUGCUUGUAUAGAUCUAUCAUGGGUUGUUUGAACAGAGUGAAAAGCAUGAAAUGUCUAAUUUCUGUAGUAAAAACUCACUUGGAAUA